GUCCGGUUCCGGGGUUAGCACGUGUGUUUAGGCCCAGAGACUCAGUUGCGUGCUGGCCUUUGACGGCGGGUCGGAGGUGUCCUGUCACCAACCCCGGGACUCAGAGAGUGUAGCCACCGCUCUGCGGUGUGAGCGCCGUGCGGCUGCAACAUGCCUCACAGGAAGAAAAAGCCUUUUAUAGAAAAGAAGAAGGCUGUGUCUUUUCACCUGGUCCAUCGGAGCCAGCGAGAUCCUUUAGCAGCAGAUGAGACUGCACCCCAGAGAGUUCUGUUGCCUACACAGAAAAUAAAUGAUGAAGAGAGACGAGCAGAGCAGAGGAAGUAUGGAGUGUUCUUCGAUGACGACUAUGAUUACCUGCAGCACCUGAAGGAACCAUCGGGGCCCUCGGAGCUUAUUCCCACUGGUACCAUCAGCAUACUCAACAGGAGAAAUGAAAAUGAAGACCCUUCAAUAAAUUCAAGUACUGGAAUUAAGUUGCCUUCAUCAGUGUUUGCAUCAGAGUUUGAGGAAGACGUUGGACUGUUAAAUAAAGCAGCUCCUGUGUCAGGACCUCGGCUGGAUUUUGAUCCUGACAUUGUUGCAGCUCUUGAUGAUGAUUUUGACUUUGAUGAUCCAGAUAAUCUGCUUGAAGAUGAUUUUAUUCUUCAGGCUAAUAAGCCAAGAGAAGAGGAAGCGGGAAUGGAUAUACAGAAAUGGGAGGCCGAAGGUGGCAGUGAGUGGGAAGACGCUGCUGAUGGGAAGGAGCGAGGCAGCGAUGACGACGACUUUGGCUCUGCAGGCUCGUCAUCGGACGAGGCUGUGUCAGCCCCAGGGAGGCCUCGUGGGGCCCUAGAAAGUCACUUGUUCUGGGAAGAGGAAACGAAAAGUCGCUUUACUGACUAUUCUAUGACGUCCUCAGUCAUGAGGAGAAAUGAGCAGCUGACCCUACACGAUGAAAGAUUUGAGAAGUUUUAUGAGCAGUAUGAUGAUGAUGAAAUUGGAGCUCUGGAUAAUGCUGAACUGGAAGGUUCCAUUCAAGUCGACAGCAGUCGCUUAGAGGAAGUUCUGAAUGACUACUAUAAAGAGAAGGCAGAGAACUGUGUGAGCCUGAGCACUCUUGAACCCUUCGAGGAUCAGGACCUACCCACGAACGAACUGGAUGGGUCUGAGGAGGAAGAGAUUGUUACUGUAGUUCUUGAAGAAGGCAAGGAGAAGUGGGAUUGUGAAUCCAUUUGUAGUACAUACUCAAAUUUAUAUAACCAUCCACAGCUUAUCAAGUAUGAACCAAAGCCCAAACAAAUCCACAUAUCCUCUAAAACAGGGAUACCUCUCAACGUCUUACCUAAGAAAGGAUUCACAGCGAAGCAAGUUGAACGAAUGCAGAUGAUUAAUGACAGUGAUCUGCCCAAGGUGUCAACGCAGCCACGCUCUAGAAAUGAAAGCAGAGAAGAUAAAAGAGCAAGAAAGCAAGCAAUUAAAGAAGAGCGCAAGGAACGGAGAGUAGAGAAGAAAGCUAACAGAUUAGCCUUCAAACUGGAGAAGAGAAGGCAGGAAAAGGAGCUGCUGAACCUGAAGAAGAAUGUUGAGGGUCUAAAGCUCUGACGGGCACUCUCAGGGCAGGCGCGUUCCCCUUCAGGCUCCCGUGCAGGGGUGGGUGGGGAUCUUCAGAGACAAGGCUGAUCUGCCGUUUUUACUGGCACACACUGAAAACAGUACGGGAUUUGUAUUUAUUCAAGCAAGUUUGUAAAUAUUGUAAUAUUUUAAAAUUUAAUAUGAUAAGCUUAUAUUUGCUCUGAAAUAAAUGACUUUAUGAAUGUGAAAUGUGUGGAUAAAUUAA